AUGGCCUACACCGAUUCGAAGACGUGGAUCUCAAACAUAGCGAGAGAGUUUGAUCGAUUUUUGAAUGCUCGCAAUAGCAACGCCCACAUUGCAUCAAGCUCUCCCAGUGCCCCACACCCCUAUCGCGAAUGGGUCGCCUACCAUCUUUUCGUCAAGGAGGGUGCUCAAGAGGCAGAAUCGAGACAGCCUGAGCGCAAAGAGCCGCAACCGAGCGAAGAGGACAAGCAAACCCUCAAACCCACAUUCGCUGGGAAAUCCUUCACAGACCAUCGAUCUCCCGUGCUGGCCAUGGAAACAAUAUGGCUUCCCUCCACAGAAUUCCACCCUGCGAAGCCUGUUGCGCCUUGGCCCUGUAAUGAUGAGCUCAAUAGCGAGGGCACGCUGAGAGGCCUGUCUGGUUACUCCCGGUUCCUCCCUCUGCCUAGAGUGCCCAGCAACGAGACCGUCUACUGGAGAAAACGAGCCUUGAUCACUCCGUACCCGUUUGACACCUUCGGAAAACCAAGUCUGCAACGUACCGAGGAAGCCGAGACAGACACCGCGAUGUCAUUCCUUGUUGGUGAGGCAGUGUUGAGGGAGAUAGAUGGAUAA